AUGGCAUCGACUCCAGGACUUCCCCAAGACAGUCUGCUGCGCGAGGCCAACAGACCAUACUUUUACCGGGAGAGCUAUCUUCCCGGCGCUACAGCACAAAGCCAUGCCUCAAACCUACUGUUACUCCCCAAUGGUGAUGUCCUGUGUGCCUGGUUCGGUGGCAGUAUGGAGGGCAAGCCAGACAUCAGCAUCUAUUUAUCCCGUCUGAGAGCGGGUGAGCAAUCAUGGUCAGAAGCUAUACGAAUGACCCACGACAAUACCCGCAGCGAACAAAAUCCAGUCUUAUUCCGUACGCCAACUGGAGCUCUCUGGCUUCUGUACACGUCUCAGCACGCCGGAAACCAAGACUCGGCAAUUGUGAAGCAUCGCAUUUCCAAAGAUGACGGAAUCACCUGGGGAAAGGAGGAAGUUCUCUUCCCGGACUCCGGCAUCUUCAUUCGCCAGCCACUCAUCGUGCUGGAUGAUGGUGCAUGGGUGAUUCCCGUUUUCAAGUGUCGCGUAGAGCCAGGAGAGCGUUGGCUAGGGAAUAACGAUAUCUCUUGUGUCCGUGUGUCAAGGGACGAGGGACAUACUUGGACAGAGUCUGUUAUCCCAGAAAGUACAGGCUACGUUCACAUGGAAAUCCAGCGCUUAAAAAACGGGUCCUAUCUUGGCUUGUUUCGGAGUCGAUGGGCGGACCAUAUUUAUCUAGCAACCUCGCCCGCUGGCCUUUCCUGGACUCCACCACAAGCCACUGUUCUUCCAAACCCCAAUGCGGGCAUUUGUUUCGAUGUACUACCUUCCGGGAGGGUGAUUCUAGUGUACAACCACUCUUCCAAGCUAGACGCCACAGGACGUCGACAGGGCCUGUACGAUGAUAUUGGAGAUGGCGUUGACGAGCGCCAAGAUCAGAGAUCCACAGAAGAUGGCAGAGAAUCAUUCUGGGGAGCACCACGAGCACCACUAUGCGUGGCCUGGAGCGAUGAUUCAGGGAAGACAUGGGAGCGACGAGUAUUGGAAGAUGGCGACGGAUAUUGUAUGACGAACAACAGUGAGAAAAAGCUAAACCGUGAAUUAUCGUACCCAAGUAUGGUGCUUGGUGUAGACAGGAUUCACAUUGCGUACACCUUUUGGAGACAAAGGAUCAAGUACGUGCAGCUUAGAGAUGAUUUCUUCACGAGUUAG